GUGAGUGCAUCUCCCCCACACACAUUUUUCUGGUCGGCUUCGAGCCCAUCGUGGGAUUUUGUGAUACCAGCCAGUCAUACAGUCAUCAUGCUUUUGAAGAAGAGAGGUGGUUAUGUGUCAGCUGUGACACGUGUAGAAAAUCAGCUGAAGGAGCUUUCGGAAGAAGAAAUUGUGAGCAAACAAUUCCUGCUCUCUGAUCUCAAACUCAUUCGGAGCAUCAAGGUGAAGUUUACUAAACUGCAAGGGCAAAUUAUCAAGAAGCAAGAGACCGAGGAGAAAGGUAGGGAGGAAACUUUGUAUAUGAAUAAUUUCCUGACAAGAUGUGAUGAGAUAAUAUCGAAGAUUUCCGCGCUUGUUGAGGAUGUUUCCAUAUAUGAUUCCGAAGAUGAGGGUGAUGAAGAUAAAAAUGAUAGCCCCCCUGCUCCUACUCAAACUCAAUCACAGAUGUGUCAAUUCAUGAGUGAUCUUCUUCAGCAAAACCAACGGUAUAUGACCCAACUGUUGUCCACCUUCAAUAACAAUGCAAAAAAAAAUAAUUCCACAGAAUCAAAUCCACCUUCUGUAGUGAAAUUGCCACAAAUUAAUCUCCCUACUUUCGAUGGCAAAUUUUCUGAAUGGAUUUCAUUUCGAGAUAAAUUUCAAUCGUCAGUUAUCAACCAUCCCUCUCUCACCCAAGUGCAAAAAUUAGACUAUCUCCAAUCUGCAUUAAAAUCUGAGGCCGCUGCCGCUAUUCAAAAUUUGAGCAUUACAGAUGCCAAUUUCCAAGUAGCAUGGGACAUUCUCAGGGAACAGUAUGAGAGAAAAAAUGAAAUAAUCUCGGAUCAUAUUCGCACUUUUUACCAAAUGCCAAAGGUUACUCCCUCCGAUACCCAAGCCAUACGCAAAAUUAAGAGCACUCUCAACGCAUGUGUCAUGGCAUUAGAUGCUAUGGAAGCGACUUCAAGAGAUCCAUGGAUUAUACAGUUUGUCCUCGAUCGUCUUGACUCUGAGUCCAGGUCAUCCGCUAUUGUUGCUGUAUCUUCCAAAGCCAAUAUCCGAUCUGAACAUCGUGUUUAUCUUGCCACUGCUAUGGUUGAUAUACUCAAUAAGGACAAUGAGAGAAUUCCCUGCCGCCUCCUGUUGGAUGGCGGAGCUCAAGUUUGUGUCAUCUCCACCGAAUUGGCUCAGAAAUUAAAACUUACAAAACAUUCUACAGAUCUCUCAGUGAUAGGAGUGGGUGGACACCAUACCCGUAUAAGGCACCAAGUUACAGCCACAAUUUGUUCACAAGUCUCUCAUGAUACUUUCACCGUGAAUUGCCAUGUGAUGCCAAGGAUCACAGGCAAUCUUCCUGGCUGGAUUACUGAUAAAUCAGCGUUGAAUAUACCAUCUAAUGUUGAACUUGCCGAUCCUUAUUGGGCUGAUCCCAAACCAGUAGAUAUUCUUGUAUGCGGAGAUGUUUAUUGGUCAGCUUUCUUGAGUGAUGUUAUUUCUCUAGGCCCAGGGCUUCCACAUCUAAGGGAAACCGUAUUUGGUUACGUGAUUGUAGGUGAGCAUAGAGCUAUUCCAUCCCAGUCUGUUCACGUUAACCACAUAUCCCUAGCUCCGUCUAUUGAGGAUGCUCUGGUCAAGUUCUGGGAAAUCGAAGAUAUUUCAGAGCAACCACCAUUAACAGAUGAACAGAGAGAAGCUGAAAAUCAUUUCAGAUCCACACAUUCUCGUACACUUGAAGGAAGAUUCAUAGUAAGAUUUCCAUUCAAGAAAAGUCCAGACCUUCUCGGCUAUUCCCGUCCUCAAGCAGUAAGGCAAUUUAUGUCUCUGGAGAGACAAUUUAAGAAAAACCCAACCUUCAAGUCUAUGUAUGUGGACGUUAUGAAAGAUCAAAUCGAAAGAGGUUGGCUCAUCCCCAUAUCCACUGAAGAACUUAGAGCUCCGUCUUAUUAUAUGCCGCAUCACGGAGUUUAUAAGGAAGAAUCGAGCACAACCAAACUUCGUGUUGUGUAUAACGCGAGUGCUAAGUCUAGCUCCGGAUACAGCUUGAAUGAUCUUUUAAUGAUUGGGCCCACUAUUCAGAAUGAUCUUGCUACAAUUCUGCUCCGCUUUAGACUACACCCUGUCGCUCUUACUGCCGAUAUAUCUAAAAUGUAUCUUCAACUUGUGAUGAAUGAAGAAGAUUCUCACUACCAACGCUUAAUAUGGCGAGAUGAUGACUCCAAACCCAUGGGUGAUUUCCGCAUUGGACGAGUAUCAUUUGGAGUAGCCUCAUCCCCUUUCCUUGCUACCCGAGCAUUGGAGCAAUUGGCUAAGGAACAUGAAUCGGAAUUCCCUCGCGCUUUUUCCGCUUUACGUGAAUCCUUCUACGUAGACGAUUGCAUUUUGUCCUGCACUUCCCUAACAGAAGCCAUAGAAACAAAGACUCAACUAAUUGAGGUGUUAGAUAAAGGUGGUUUUACCCUUGCUAAAUGGAGCAGUAACUAUCCUGAGUUGUACACAGAAACCAACGUUGCUCUUACCCAGAACACCAAGUCGAAUGAUUUCUUUGUGGGCGCAUUGGGAUUAACGUGGAACCCUACGACCGAUAGUUUUCACUUUGAAUCACCAUUGGGGUCACCUGAUGAAGUUAAGACAAAGCGUAAUAUGGCGUCAGCCAUCGCAAAGCUUUUUGAUCCCAUUGGUCUUAUAGGACCAGUCAUUAUAGAAGCCAAAGUGAUGCUUCAGAAUCUCCACAAAUUAAAGAAGGGAUGGGACGAUCCAAUCGAUGAUGAAUUUAAAAGCGAGUGGCGAAAAUUUGUACAGGGAAUGCUGGAGUUAUGUAAUUUCCAGAUUCCUCGGUGGAUAUCAGUUUAUCAGUUUCCCAAGAGAUCAGAACUACAUGCAUUCUGCGACGCUAGUAUGAAGGCAUACGGAGUGGCAGUCUACGUUGUAACAGUUGACGACAGAGGUGUUAGGUACAGUUCUCUUCUCUUGUCCAAAUCACGUGUCGCGCCAUUGAAGAGUAUAACUAUCCCAAAAUUAGAGCUGUGUGGAGCCACACUAGCAGCUGAUACGGUGCGAAAAUUCAGUGAUGUUGUAAAUCCUGAUUCCAUCCAUUUUUGGUCAGAUUCGACUAUAGUCUUGUCUUGGCUGAGAAGUCCUCCUGACGCCUUUAAGGUUUUUGUAUCCCAUAGAGUAAAGAUUAUCAACCAAUCUUCUCAGCCACAACAAUGGCAGCAUGUACCAACCGCAUGUAAUCCUGCAGACUUGAUAUCACGAGGUGUCAUUCCUAGUAAGUUGAAGGAUAACGAGCUCUGGUGGAAGGGACCGGAAUGGUUAGUUGAAUCCAAAGAUUCAUGGCCAAAGCCAUUUGACACUCCACUGGACACAUCAGGUGAAGUCGAAUGUUGUGUUAUUACUACCAAGGAGGAGUGUGAGAAUUUAGUUUCUUACCUGCUUAACAAAUAUUCAUCCCUCAAUAAAAUCCAGAGAAUCGUCGCUUACUGUUUAAGAUUUCUCACUCCCCCGUCUAAUCCACAAAAUAGGGGACUUAUUGCAACUGUUGAAAUGGAGCGAGCAUUAAUCACGCUUAUCAGAAUUGAUCAACAAUUUCAUUGGGCCCCUCUAUUUCGGCAUCUCCAGGGUAAAGGUCCUGCUUGUAGGAAGUGGAAAUCUAUAUUAGCUCUCGCACCAUUUAUCGAUGAUGAUAAUGUUAUUAGAGUCGGUGGAAGACUAACUAAAUCAGAUGAGGCGUACCACGCAAAGCAUCCAAUACUUCUGCCGAAGAGUCAACUUACAUUUUUACUUGCUCAAAGGGAGCACAUUAAGAACUUACAUGCUCCCCCCACGCUGCUCCUGUCAACAAUGCGUCAGCAAUAUUGGCCUGUCUCUGGGCGCAACUUAGUCCGCAAAAUUGUCCAUCAAUGCCAUCGUUGUUAUAAAUUGCGACCGUUACCUCUAGACCAAAUCAUGGCUGAUCUUCCAAGACAUCGAGUCCAAUUCCAUCGACCUUUUCACGCUGUAGGCGUUGACUUCGCAGGACCAAUUCAGAUGUUAUGUGCUGCAACCCGGGGAGUUCGGUCGAGGAGGAUGGGUACUCAAAAGGCAUAUGUGGCUGUAUACGUAUGCAUGGCUACUAAAGCAGUGCACUUGGAAGUGGUCACAUCACUUUCCACGGAAGCAUUUAUAUCAUCGUUUCGGAGAUUCGCUGCGCGAAGAACAACUCCACGUCACAUUUAUUCAGAUUGUGGAACCAAUUUCCAAGGAGCAGCGAAGGAACUUCAGCGCCUUCUUCAGCAGGAAGAGAGUCAACAUGAAAUAUCUUCAGCUACUCAAAAUCACGGAUGCAUCUGGCAUUUUAAUCCACCAGCUUCACCCCAUCAUGGCGGAUUAUGGGAAGCUUGUGUUAAGAGCAUGAAAUUUCAUUUGAUUCGAGUCACCAACUAUAAACCAUUAUCAUAUGAAGAACUUCAAACAGUCUUAACACAAAUCGAAGCAGUAUUAAACAGUCGUCCUAUAUGCAUUACUACAGAUGAUCCAAAUGACAAUACUUUUCUUACUCCCGGUCAUUUCUUGCAUUUUGCUCCAACAAAUGCCCCACCAAACCCAGAUUUAUCCCACAUAGGCGUUAAUAGGCAAUCUUACUGGCAGGCAUGCCAACAAAGGGUUCAAGAUUUCGCCAAAAAAUGGAGACUACAUUACUUGAAUACCCUUCAGCAAAGAUCAAAAUGGAUCUCUAACCGUGAUAAUCUUCAGGUUGGUCAG